UAUGAACCUCCUUUCACUGUUCAUCUAAAUUUAAGAAAGAUUUCUGUGUAGAUAGGCUGGAGUUCAUAAGACUCUACCAUCUUGCUUCCCUAAACAAAUCACAUUCUUUACACCCUUCGAACCACAUUCACGUCAAUAGAGCAGCAGUGACGCAUACAGGUGCUGUGGAUUACUCUUGUGCGGCCAACGUCAAUAAGCCAAAAGAAACAGUUGUUUCUAUAGCCACUGCUGAGGAUUGAUUCACGCAUAAGGAUCAACAUGACUAAGACUGACCAAUGAAAAAGAAAAAAGUUAAGGAAUUCAUUUUGAAGCUAACCCUUAACCAUUAAGUAGCCUUGGAAUGUUUGGUGUGGAGCACCUGGAUGAAGUUUUGACAGUGUUAAGAUGCUGUCUCAAAAAUGUCUCAAAAUGUGUUACCACAAAUGGCUUUGCUUGGUGUCACUCUUUCCUACUUUCUACAAUUUCAAAAAUGUAUGACAUAGUGGGAGCACGGGACUGUGUGGCCUCUCAAACUGCUGUACACCAACAGCUGUUCUGAUGAUGAUAGGACACAGGAAGGCCCUUAUGUUGCUCUCUGAGCCAUUUAAAUUUUAAAGAUCCUCUGAAGAGUCAGCUGUAGGCCUGUGAGUGUGUGUGUGUGUAUGUGUGUGUGUGUGUGUGUGCAGAGGGACAACUCUCCACUGUUCUUUAACUCGGUUCAGAGAUUCACAGGGUGCUUUACAUCCAGGAAAAUGGGAGCCUUUAUUGCUAAGAUGUUGUUGCCUACCAUCAGCAGUUUGGUGUUUCUGCCUGCAGCCAGUGUUGCCGCAAAGAGAGGCUUCCACAUGGAGGCCAUGGUCUACUUCUUUACAAUGUUCUUCACAUCGAUCUAUCAUGCGUGCGAUGGACCAGGCCUGUCAGUUCUGUGUUUCAUGAAAUAUGAGAUUUUGGAGUAUUUCAGCGUUUAUGGUACAUCAAUCUCUAUAUGGGUUACAUUAUUAGCUCUGGGAGAUUUUGAAGAGCCCAAGCGCUCCACGCUCACCAUGUUUGGAGUGCUUACCUCUGCUGUGAGGAUAUACCAGGACCGCUGGGGCUACGGCAUCUACUCUGGCCCCAUUGGCACAGCUGUGCUCAUGAUCACAGUCAAAUGGUUACAAAAAAUGAAAGAGAAGAAGGGCCUGUACCCAGACAAAAGUGUGUACACUCAGCAAGUGGGACCGGGAUGCUGCUUUGGAGCCCUGGCUUUGAUGCUUCGCUUCUAUUUUGAGGAGUGGGACUAUGCUUACGUGCACAGUUUUUACCACCUGUCAUUGGCUGUGUCCUUCGUACUUCUGCUGCCAAAGAAGAACCGCUAUGCAGGGACAGGGCGCAAUGCAGCCAAACUCAACUGCUACACGCUCUGCUGCUGUACAUCCCAACCUUCAGUAAAAGCGAAUGCUCGAACCAUUUGGACGACACCACAAAAGCCAUGGAUGCGGGCAUGCAGUCCUGGCCUUCCAUUUCGCCACUCGGUUACAAUGUAACACGGAAAGAUGUCUGCUACCAGCAAUUCAACAGUGUGGCCAGUUAUAUGACCUUCAGGCAAGCCAAGAAUGUGUGGGGCAACAUAGUCAUCCAGCACAACACAGAUUUUAAUGUUGAAAGAUGCCCUUGUAAAGUUUGGAGCAAAAGGCUACUAAAGGCUUAGCCUCCAAAUGUGUAGACAUAUGAAGUGGUUGUAUAAAACCAAGUAGUCAUAGGGUUACUAAGACGGCUGACGUCCAGCUGGAAAGUUUACGAGUCGCGAAACAUAGCAGACAUUUUAUUUCUCCAGAAUGAAUAAAUUGUCUUUUAAGAUGUACCUCAGGAGAGAUUGCUUGUCUACAUUUCUCUAAGAGAAAUGGCCAUUAAAUGCAGUUAAAAAUGCUGAAAAAUACCAGAACUAAAAAAAAACCAACCAAAUCUUAUUCUUCAUAUUUAUUGUCAUGUCAUUUGGUACAUCAGCCAUCUGAACACAGCUGAAAUAAACUAAAAUGUUCCAGGAACAAGAAGAAAACAAUCAUUCUGAUGUGUCUUGCAGCAGGUGGAAAGUAGUGUGUUUAUUCCAGUGUACUGACAGUUUUUUUCCCUUUGAAAUUUAUGAUGUAGUUAUGCCAACAACUGUGUAAAUAUAUUUAUUUUUUUGUAAUACCACUACUAGUUGAAGGUUGUAAUUUCAUUAUUUUUUAUAAUAAAAAUGAUCAUUUGCAUUGGAAAUGUUUCUUUUUAAUUAAAACAUUUUUUACUAUUUGUAUUUUGUUUCAUGUACUAAGUUCUCAGGACAAUUAAUCUACAUA